ACUAAACAUACAGAGUCUCUGAGGUUUACAUCCGCAGUAUCAGUACUCCUUGCUGUGGUGUUCAUCGGAGUAAGUUCAGUGAUGGCCAUUUCAGCACUCAUAGAAGGGAAGGCAAAUAACCUAAAACUGCUACCAGAUAACAAAACCUCCUUCUUUGACCUCUUCACUGCUAUCCCUGUAAUUGUGUCGGCUUUCACAUUCCAAUUUAAUGUUCAUCCAAUUAUGUUCGAGUUGGGAAAACCUUUUGAUAUAACUACAGCAGUCAGAAUUUCUCUGGUACUCAGUGCUGCCAUUUACUUCGCCACUGGUUUUUUCGGAUACUUUAUUUUUGGAGAAGAAAUCAUGUCGGAUACACUUGUAAAUUUUGAUCAGAUUUCUUCUCCAGUGGGUUUAUUACUCAAUGAUGUAGUGAGGUUAAGCUAUGCCCUUCACAUCAUGCUGGUUUUUCCUCUCUUGAAUUUAUCAUGGAGAUCAAAUAUUGAUGAAUUCCUCUUCCCUCACAAGCCUCUUCAGGCAAAAGACAACACCAGAUUUCUGUCCCUGACUCUAAUCCUCCUAGCCUUCUCUUACCUGGCAGCCAUAGCCAUCCCCAACAUCUGGUACUACUUUCAAUUUUUUGGGUCAACUGCCAUUGUUUCUCUGGCCUUCAUCUUCCCUGCCGCCAUGGUUUUAAGGGAUGUUCAUGGGAUAUCAAUUACGAGAGAUAGGAUGGUGGCAGCAACAAUGACAGUCCUCUAUCAUAGUCCUGGCUGUAGUAACAAGCACAAUUGCCGUUUCCACCGACAUAUAUAAUUAUAUAGUUUGAGUACAGGAAAGAAUACAAAACUUCUGCAGUUGAGUUCUCUUAUGUUGUAUGAUUUAUCUUCUUCCCUUCUGUUUUUGCCAUUAAGAUUAAGGUUGUAGCAGCUUCUGAUCAAGUCCUCAUUGAACUCAUCCCAAAACUUGUUCUGUAUAAGUCUGACAUGGCAAUAAGAUGUUUUCAAAAAU